AUGUGUCAGCAAUGGCAGACUGGCCCGUAUAAUGAAACACAGUGCGCCGAUUGUCCAUUCACUGUCAUCCCCGUUAAGGAAUUGCCAGUAUUUUUCACAUUCGCUUGUUCAAUUUUUUUAUUUUUAGUUUUGAAUGAGACAACCGAAUGUCAGUUUGUGGAUCCGUCGGAUGAUUGCACGUUCUAUUUUCUCUACUACGAAGACCAAAGGACUGAUAAUCUUACAGUUUGGGUGAAAGAAGAAAAAGACUGCCCGCCACCAGUGCCUGUUCUCGCAAUUGUUCUGGGAGUAAUAGCUGGCAUUGUCAUACUCGGCUUGAUAUUGCUUUUGGUAUGGAAACUACUUACUGUUUUGCACGACCGAGCCGAGUUCGCCAAGUUUGACAAUGAAAGGCUAAUGGCAAAAUGGGAUACUGUAAGUUUUAUUUCCUCACUGUCAUGCGAGUUUUUAUCACAAGCCGCUUGUUCGCAUGCUUUUUUUUGCUACGCAUUUGCACUGUAG